AUGACCUCCUCGCCCCGCCCUGCCAAUUCCCCCACCACGACUCCCUCCCAUCCCGCACACACGCUCCUCGCGCGCGCACACUCACCCGACACCGCGAGCCGCAUCUUCGGCGACAAGAUCAAGAACAAGCCCCUCCUCCUCAACCCGACGGCCUCGGCCGACAGGGACAAGCGCGCGCUUCGACGCCACGUCCGCCUGCGCAAGCAGGAAUAUUACUUGCGCAAGAGGAAACCCCGGCCGCUGAGCGCGAAAGAAAAGAGAGAGCUAGGCGUGUUCGAGCUGAAGAAGGAGGAAGUGAGCUACAGGCUGUAUGAGGGCCUCCAUCGGAUGUGGGUGGACUAUAUGCUCGAGGUGCUGGGGUAUAUGAAGGAUGGGCAGGUGGUGCAGCAGAGUCUCCGGAAGACAGUGACGCCCCAAGGCGGCGGCCCGUUGUUGGCGAGCGCGGACUUUCAUGGCGCACAGCUCGAGGUGGUCCGGUGUGCGGACGCGGGGAGGGUGGGGACAAGUGGGAUUGUGAUUCGGGACACAAAGUUCACGUUUGUGCUUGUUACGGCCAAGGACGAGGUGAGGGUGGUGCCGAAGAAGAAUACGGUGUUUCGGUAUGAGAUUCCUUUGCCUGAGGUUGCUGGCGAGGUGCGGGAGGGAGGCGAAAGGCAGGGCCGAAGCUUGGUGUUUGAACUACAUGGGAACCAGUUCGAGUUCAGGCCGGCGGACCGGGCGAAUCGCAAGUUCAAAUGGAAGGUCACGGACUACUUGUGA